UAAACAAGCUAUGGUCAAUGUUUUUUACAAUUUUAACGAUGGCGACUCACGAACGCAGAAGGUCUGAUAACACCGCUGCAGGUUGGCCCAACUAUAAAAUGAAUAGAUCUGUCCAUGGUUCAUCAUCUUUAACGCUAGACAGAACCAUUAACCUGUAUCCACUGAACAAUUACACUUUUGGGACAAAAGAACCACUCUAUGAGAAAGACAGCUCUGUUCCAGCCAGGUUUCAGCGUAUGCGUGAAGAGUUUGAUAAAAUUGGCAUGCGACGGUCAGUAGAGGGCGUUUUGAUUGUGUAUGAACAUGGCCUCCCUCAUGUAUUGCUCCUUCAACUAGGGACCACAUUCUUUAAACUACCUGGUGGUGAACUGAAUGCAUCUGAAGACCAAGUUGAAGGACUGAAAAGACUUUUAACUGAGACUCUAGGUAGACAAGAUGGUGCUCCAAUGGAUUGGGUGAUUGAAGACACAAUAGGAAACUGGUGGAGACCUAAUUUUGAACCUUCACAGUAUCCAUAUAUUCCUGCACACAUUACUAAACCUAAAGAACACAAGAGACUUUUCUUAGUGCAACUGCCAGAGAAAGCUUUGUUUGCUGUGCCCAGAAACUACAAACUAGUAGCAGCGCCUCUCUUUGAGCUGUAUGACAAUGCAGCAGGUUAUGGGCCUAUCAUUUCAAGUCUACCCCAAGCUUUAGCCAGAUUUAACUUUGUGUAUAAAUAAUUUCAACAGACACAUGUAUAGGCUUCAGUCUACCACUGUACAUAGAACAUCUCCUUGCACAUCCGCUGUAUCACUCUCCAGUGUUUGUAUUCUCCAACUGUAGUUGACUCAUUCUCUAAGUGUUGCUGUUGUUUUUGGUCGUUUUAGUUUCAUCGUCACAUUCGUUUGAAAUUGUUGAGAGUUUUUUUUUUAAUCUUCUGCAUUUGGUAUUCGUCUUGUUCAAAUCAACAUCAUUGGUCAGAUCGAGAUAUGACUGAACACAGACCUUGUUCGUGAGACUGUUCAUUUGUUUGGAAACUUGCUUGGAAGUCGAUUAUUGGACUCAUGGACCAGAAAAUACAAUUUUGACAAAUGUGCACAUACAAAAUAAAACUUUGUUUUUUAUUCCAA